AUGAUCUCCCUCACAACCUCCGUCACAUCCCUGCUCUGCCUCCCCGGCGCCCUCGCCGCCACCGACUACCUGACCAACGCCCAAGCAGCCGUCACGACCCUGCAGGAAUGGUACAACCCGAACACCGGGCUGUGGGACACGACCGGCUGGUGGAACAGCGCCAACUGCCUGACCGUGCUGGCCGACCUCACGGCGCUGGACGCGAGCCAGCGCGACCAGAACGCCGCCAUCUUCGCCAACACCUACACCCGCGCGCAGGGGUCCACCGCUGCACGGUCCCUAGCCAUGGCUUCCCGCGGAGACCCGCACCACCACCGUCGCAUCACGCGUCGAAGCUACCCGGGCUUUCUCAACAACUACUACGACGACGAGGGGUGGUGGGCGCUCGCGUGGAUCCAAGUCUACGACCUCACGCACGACGCCAGGUACCUCACCACCGCGGCCGAGAUCUUCAGCGACAUGACGAGCGUGUGGAACGCGAGCUGCGGCGGCCUGUGGUGGGACAAGCUGCACACGCAGAUCGGGGCGAUCGAAAACGAGCUGUUCAUCAGCACAGGGUACUACCAAGACUGGGCGUUGACGGCGUGGCGCUGGUUCGCAUGCAGCAGCGGACUGAUCAACGACCACCACACCAUCAACAACGGCCUCGACCUGGCCAGGUGCACCAACGACGGGGGCACGGUGUGGAGCUACAACCAGGGGGUGAUUCUGGGGGCGCUGGUGGAAAUGGCCCAGCUGUUCAGGGACCCGUCGUACCUAUCCAUCGCGCAGGAGAUCGCGACGGCGGCCACGGGGGCGCUGAGUAACGCGGAUGGGGUGCUGACGAAGCCCUGCGAGCCGGGUUGCACGGGCGAUGCGCCGCAGUUCAAGGGGGUCUUCAUGCGAAAUCUGCAGGUGCUCUAUCAGGCGACGUCCAGCGAGCCGAUUCGCAGCUUCUUGCAGCGCAACGCAGAUGCGAUCUGGGAGAAGGCCCGGGGUGAUGGCAACGCGCUGGGAGGGAGCUGGGAGGGGCCCUUUGCGAGCGCCGAUGCUUCGACGCAGAGUUCGGCUUGUAAAGCUUUGAUUGCCGCGGCGGCGGUCAGUCAGUGCGUCUGA